ACAAAUAUUUUAAUCACUUCAGAAAAAUCCAGCAAACUGCUAUGGGUGAAAAUUUUUGUGCUUGAGAAAACCGAUUUGGAUACUCUACACUUUGGACACGUGUUAAAGUGUGCCAAGGACUGGUGCAAAAAGGACAGCCAAACGAGUAAACACCGAAUUUCCUGGUUGGUCCUGUAUAAGAGCGCAUGGUGUAAGAAAAUGCCGCCCAUUGACAAGAAAAUUUUGAUGAGAGCUUAUCGUGAUCAGCUGAAAGCUGACAAAGACAAAUACCAGCAGCAUUUAUCAAAUGAAAGGCAGCGUGACAAGGAGAGAAGACAAUUAAAUAAAAGAAAAGAAAAAGAUGAUGAAAAAUUAUUGCUUGAAAGACGUAAACGUGUCCUUGAAAGAGUGAGGAACCAUCGAAACAAACUUAAACUUAACUCUGCAGCAUCCAUAAAUGAUACAUCUCUGAUUGGCAGCUACAAGUGCCGGCAAUCCUUUGGAAAAGCCAUUAAUAGAUUGAAAAAAAACCUGCCAAACAGCCCCAGCAAAAAAAGUGCUGUUGUGAAAAAACUUGUUCUUGAUAUAGGAAUGAAUUUAAGAGAGGAUUUAAAUAAAUCUGUUCGUCUACCACACCGAGUACUGUCUGAAGAACAUAAGAAGUGUAUUAGAAACUUUUAUUGCAGUGACACUAUUAGCCGACAGGCCCCUGGGAAGCAAGAUGUGAAGUCGGUGAAAUGUGAAAAAACUGGCAAGAGAGCGAACAUGCAAAAAAAGGCAUUUAAUUAUGACAAUAAAAGAGGCGUUUGAGGAGUUCAAGCUUAAGCAUCCUGAGAUUGUUGUGAAGUAAGCAUCCUGAGAUUGUUGUGAAGAAAUCUCUGUUUUUCUAUCUUCGCCCGAAACAUGUCCUUCCCGUUUCUCAAAUGCCACACAGUGUGUGUGUUUGUAAAUAUCACAGCAAUGUGAAUUUCCUAUUGGAAACUAUUUCAAAGAUUCAUCCAGCUUAUCCACCAAACCAUAAAGGAACUAUUACAAUACAUAAGUUGUAAUACAUUGAAUGAGACAUGCAUGCUGGGAAGAUGUUCAGAAAGGCAAGUGAGUGACUUAUUGAUAAAUUGUGAGAAAGAAAAGGAGAUUUACUGGAAGAAAUGGAUUGAUAAAGGAGGGAUUCAGUUGACAGUUGUGACUGGGAGUUUAGAAGAUGCUAUUAAAGAGCUUCAAAGCAAAAUUGCACAUUUCAAGAGUCACUGCCAUGUCAAAAAAAUACAGGAAGAUUAUUUUGAAGAACACAUUAAAGGCUUGAAUAAAGGAAAAUACACAGAUACAUAUGGCAUUGUACAAAUCGACUUCGCUGAAAACUAUUCAAUUACUUUUCAAGAUGAAAUACAGUCUGCCCAUUGGAAUCACCAACAAGUAGGUAUUUUUACAUGCUGUGCUUGGUUACCUAAUAAGAAAACAACCUCAUAUGUUGUAAUUAGCAACGACACUAGCCACGGUAAAUUUUGUGUAUGGACCUUCCUGAGAAGGACCUUGUUCAUGACAUUAAGGAUGGGUUUCCUUUUAUUGACAAACUUAUAAUAUUUAGUGACAAUUGUGCAAGACAAUUUAAAAGCAAAUAUUCAACGUCAGCAUUAUGUCAGAUGGAAACUGAUUUGGAAAUUGCCAUUGAAUGGAAUUUCUUCGCAUCAAGCCAUGGCAAAGGUGCUGUCGAUGGCAUUGGUGGUACGUACAGUAAAGCGCCAUGUCUAGACAGCAGUGAAAGGGGAUAGAAAAGUUCACAUUGAAACAGCCAAAGAUUUUCACAACCAUGUUGUCAAUAAAGUAAAUGGGAUUAAAAGUUUUUAUGUGGACAAAAGUGAAGUUCUGGAAAAUGAAUCUUUUCCCCAAACCUACUGGCAAAAUGUUUUGCCAAUCCAAAAUAUUCAGUCGAGCCAUCAUUUUAGAGUCUACGAUUCGAACCACCUCUU